AUGAACUUUGGGAGGAUUUUCCUAGUCAAGUGCUUGCUGCUUUUGUUUCCCAGUGUAAAAUGCUCUGCCACCAACUGGUUUUACGUGGCGGUGAAUGAGUCGGCUCUUCUCAGCAUCGCUGCUGCUGGGAGCGUAUAUGAUGCAACAUGGGUGAAAAACAGAAAAAGGUUGCUUCAGAUAAAGGACAGGAAAGUUAAGUACUAUGUGAACAAAGAGCAGUGCAGGUGUAAGAUAUUCCUAAAUGGGACUCUGCAAAUAGAGCAGGCGGUGAAAGAGGACAGUGGACAGUACACAGUGACUGUCUAUGAGCAGGAUGGAAAACUGAAGGCAGAAGAACACACGAUGUUCAUCGUUCAGGAGCCUGUGCCUCAGCCAAUCCUCAGUGCUGAAUGCGUGAACAAAACCAUAUCUAUCAAAUGUGAAGUGAAGCAGACGACUAAAAAUGAAACAUUUAUAAUGGAAGUGACUCAAGAUAAAAGCAAAAAGAUACAAAAGAAUGCAACGAGGUUGGAAUUCCACACGCGAUAUGCUGGGACGUUCAGAUGUGUUGUUAAGAACCAAGUCAGCCAAAAAAUGGUUGAAAAAGUAAUUAAGUGCUCAGGUCAGCUGGACCUUUAUCUCAUCUUAAGCAUAGCAGGAGGUGCAUUCUUCUUUGUCACCUUCAUGAUUUUGCUUAUUUAUUGUAUCAGGAGGAAGAAAGCAGAAAGGCUGGCAAAUGAUG